CAGUUUAACUUCCGCCAAGUCGUCGGAAGAAGUCGCCGGCGCCAGAGAGCGAGAGGCGGGCAGAGAGCGAGGCAGAGAGCGGGGGAGCAGAUCCAUGGCUACCGUCGAGCAGCGUCAACUAUAUUAGAAACUUGUUUUAUUUUAUUUUUUUUACUGCAGAUUUAGUGGAGUGGUGCUAUGUCUUCUUCGGGAAUGACGGGACAAACGCCGUGCCUAACCAGCCGAUGGGAUCAGCCCGCUCAGCCUAAACAGAGUGUAGAUGUGAGGCAGCAGAGGAGUAGUAGUAGUGAAAAUGCAGGCCACGCCGUCUCUUUAUCAGGGGGAGGCGGCGGCGCUCCUGGUUCAGACAGCACAGCGGAGUCUCAGCCACCACAAACAGGAGAAAAGCCACCGCCUCAGGGAGGAGUCGAGAUGGCCGCAGCCAUGGCUGCCAAAAUAAACGCCAUGUUAAUGGCGAAAGGAAAGCUGCUGACUCCUCCGCCGUUACUUGCAAAGACCCCUCCAAGUGUGCCUGUGCCAGCGGCUACAGAAGAUAUGGUGGUCACAGAGGUGGAUAUAAAUGAUGUGCCGCUAAAUUGCAGGGACCUUCUUACUAAAGGCAAGACACAGGAGGAGAUCCGACAGUUUAGUGGAGCAGUCGUCUCGACUAAAGGUCAUUUCAUGACCGAAGCUGAAAAGGGAAAAGCAGGACAAAGACCUUUGUAUUUGCACGUCCAGGGAAAGAAUCAAGACCAAGUCAAUAAGGCCGUCUUGAGGAUAAAGGAGAUCAUCUCAGAAGACCUGCUGAGGGCCUCAGCAGCAUCAGGCCAACAGGUGCCUGUAAUGCCUCCUCUCACACUCUACCCUCAGCCUCCUCGUCCCAGCAUUACCCCACCUGUGCCACGGAUGCCCAACACCAACUCAGUGCCAGGCCAGGGACAUCGGCCUGCAGCUCCUCAUUCAGGGAGUUUUGUGCACACAAAGAUUUUUGUGGGUCUGGACCAGGCGUUGCCCUCAUUCAACGUGAACGAAAAGGUUGAGGGUCCAGGAGGUUCGUACCUGAGUCACAUCCAGACAGAGACGGGGGCUCGAGUCUUUCUCAGGGGAAAAAGUUCUGGUUACAUCGAACAAGCAUCGAAACGGGAGUCCUUUGAGCCUCUUUAUGUCUACAUCAGCCACCCAAAUGCAGCUGGGCUGGAGGCAGCGAAGAGACUCACUGAGAGUCUGCUGGAAACUGUGAGAGCCGAGCAUGCCCGCAUGGUGUCGAUGUACACAGCCACAGGCUCAACACAACCAUACCCAGCACAUGGAUUUCCACCUAAUAGCAAUUACUCUAGCCAGGGGUCCUGGUAUAACUACACAGCAAAUGGGUAUGCUGGCGGAUAUUCAGCGUACCCAGGAGCCAGUGGUUAUUGGAGUAAUGCAAAUGGUCCCCCAAGUCAUUCUAACAUGUCGACAAACCCUCCAUCUUCUCAGGCAAUGGUUCAGUAUCCGGUGUGUCCUAGAAAACCGCAUCCCUAUCUCGUCCAGGAUCCCGGCAGCAGUGACCCGGUGGAGCCUGAAGGAUCUUUAAACACCCCUGCUGACUCAGGAAGUCCCAAGCGUCAUUUCCAGGAGGGGGCUAAGGAAGAGCAGCCUACCAGCAACUCUCCAGAGGGCCCUGCUCAUCAGGAGCCUGAGCUUCCCGCUUCCAGUGUUGUAGAGGAGAAAGUAGUAGAAAGGAUCCUGAUGCCUCCUCCACCACCUCCCUUUGUGGCUCCUGCCCCUGUUGCACGUAAAAGGCCUAGAGACGUGGUGACAGAAGAGCCAACCAGUCUGCCCAUCAGCGCCGCGUCAACGGGUGUUCAGGAGGAGGUGUGCGAGAAGAAGUCUAAAGUGGACGAAGACUCAUCAGGGCUAGUGCCCUAUGGAGGAGACUCCUCUGACGAAGAGGAGGAAAGGACACACAGCAGUAAGACCGAUAACUCAUAACCCCUGCCCUGCCCCGUUCCCACUGCCCAGGAUACCCACAGACCCCAAAGUCUACAUCCAGUAUAUCGAUACAGUUCUCAAACCCCAUAAAAGGAAAAAUCCACCUUGCAUUAUCAACACACUGUUCUAGAACAAUACCAGCGUUUCGCUACAAAGAAAGGAGCUGAACGUUUUCUGAAUAAAAUCCUUUUGACAUUUUUCCUCUUACAUUCAAGCAGACAUAGUUUUCCAUUCAUCUCCGUCAGCACUUUACACACCAAGUUCUUGUACUGCUUUGUGGACAAGUGCCCAGCUUUAUUUAGGGUACAUUCAGACAGGAUACGGCACUGUGGUGAAAAUGCAGGUUUUUCCAUUUAUUCGUUUAUUAUGCCGCGGUGUAGGCAGCAUGGGUGUCCACCAAAGAACGCAGCAACCUCCUGUGAAGAAGUUGUGCUUGAUCCAGCACGCUGUGGCUGCCAAUCGGACAGUCAGACCAGUCAAACCCUCCUCAGCCUGAAAUGUCUCUGAAAGCUUUGUUUAUUUCGUGUACCCAGCUUCUAAAUCUGAGCCUGGCUCAUAUUUUACAUUGUAAAAUGGUAACACAAGGAAUUUUAAUAAUAAUUUAAGACAUAGAGGGUGAAUGAGAGGAGUGUCUGCAUCGAUUUUAAAGCUGGUUAAUCAGGCUGAAGGUGCAAAAACAGUGGUAUAGUUUUUCAUUCACCACUUACUGAUGCUUUCCUGGCAGGAGGGUUUUUAUUUUUAUGUCCUUUUGCUUUGUGUACUUGUGUUUCAGUUGUCCCAGAACAUAUUUCUACAACCCCUCACACGACGGGUGUGAACUGUCAAAGGUGGCCAUAUUUGAAUUUAUGCUCACCUAUAAAACUUAUGUAAAUAUAGACAACCUGCCAACUAACUUAAAGUGGAUCAGAUCUUGUGGCUACAAAUCAUUAGAGAUUUUAGUAUCAGUAACAGUGUUUUCUCCCUUGUUUAUUGCCGUCUUGAUAGAAACCUUUUAUUUUCUUUCUUAUUCUAAUGGCCCGACUCUGAACCAUGCACUUGCAAAUGCCUUAGAUGGCAGAAACAAUUUCUAUAUGAACUCCACUAUAAAACAAAACGGCCUCUUAACAGUGUGGAAAUAUUCAGGGUGGAUUUUUUUUCCUUUUUUAGGAUGUGAAUACAAUUGUAUAAUAACUCCAAGUGGAUUUUCUUAAAACAUUUUUAUUUCAUUUUUCAAAGCAUCUUUUGUUAAAAACAAGCCCCAUAUUUCCUCUUAAUUUAAACACUUGGUCUGCUGCAGUUGCUGAUGGUAUAAAUACAUAUUGUAAAAUUCAGUGAAACUUUUUCUUAUCUUGGAAAAUGGUGUAUGCCUGUUCCCAUGGAAUACUAUAAUAAAAACGACUGAAAAA